GUGUGGGAACGAGGAUCCCCCGGCACUGUGAGUAACGCAGCCUGUGAAAUAACCUGUUCUGUGCUUAUAGCAACAACCUACCUGAACCAGUGGAGCUCCGUGUGGGAACGAGGAUCCCCCGGCACUGUGAGUAACGCAACCUGUGGAAUAACCUGUUCUGUGCUUAUAGCAACAACCUACCUGAACCAGUGGAGCUCCGUGUGGGAACGAGGAUCCCCCGGCACUGUGAGUAACGCAACCUGUGGAAUAAUCUGUUCUGUGCUUGUAGCAACUACCUACCUGAACCAGUGAAGCUCCGUGUGGGAACGAGGAUCCCCCGGCACUGUGAGUAACGCAACCUGUGGAAUAAUCUGUUCUGUGCUUGUAGCAACUACCUACCUGAACCAGUGAAGCUCCGUGUGGGAACGAGGAUCCCCCGGCACUCAACUACCUACCUGAACCAGUGAGGCCCUGUGUGGGAACGAGGAUCCCCCAGUGCUGCGAGCAUCAGUGGAGUGUUUGCCCUGGUCUGACUGUGUUCGAUUCUGCCUCCAGGAGAAGCGGAGCGCGCCACGGGUUGUUGGGCCAGAGCCCCGGCCCCCAGUCUUUUCCCCAAGUGGCCCUGGAGGCAAAGAAGAGCCACAUUAGUUUUAGAGUUCCCUUUUUCCCUUUCCCCUUUCCCCUUUUUAAAUAUUUAAUAAAGUUUGUUUUAAUUGUAGUAUACUCGUCUGUCUGGUCAUUGGGGUGGUCUUGGGAAACUCCUCGAGGUGGAAGAGUUAAGAGGGGUGUGGCCCAGUAGCAUAUUCGGGUCCGCCCCCGGGGUGUGACAGAUUUGGCGUAGUCGGCAGGAUUCCACCUCGAGUUGAGCGACCAAGGUCCUCCAAUGGCCGACGACGAGUUGCCCGAAGCCCCGCCCCGUGUUGUGCCUGAAAGGCCAGAAACCCCACCCCGUGUUGUGCCGGAAAGGCCGGAAACACCACCCCGUGUCAUGCCCGUAUUCCUGGGAAACCCCUGGGUGCAGAAGUAUACUGGGGUCGAGUCCGAGGUUCAUUUGACGGAGUGGAGAGCCCAAAUCGAGUAUUUGGCCGGCCUUCAAGGGCUGAGUGCCAGUCAACAACAGCAGUUUGUAUUAAACUCACUAGGAGGAGAGGCCCGGCGAGAAGUACAGGCCGCCCCCGAAGCCGUUCGAGCCACCGCCCAGACCAUCUUCCACUUCCUCACCGAGCAGUAUGGUGAUACCACCCCUGUGGCCGUCCUGAGGGCGCAGUUCUUUAAUUGUAAGCAGGGCCCCCACCAGUCCAUUCGAGCCUUCGCCCUGAAGCUGCGCGAGCAGUAUACACGCCUACAGCGACGACGAGAUCAUGGGAUUGGAGAUGAGGAGACCCUGUUAAGGGACCAGUUCCUGUUAGGGCUACGGGAGGGCCCCCUACGACAAAAUCUCCGAGUGCAGUUUAGACGAGACCCUGAGCUCACGUUCGAUGACCUGAAAAAGGAGGCCAUGGCCUUGGAAGGCGACCAAGCGGAAGCCAAGGAGACCCCCGUAUGUGCAGCAGUGAGUGGCCCGGCGGCAGCCUCGGAGGCAUCAGACUGGAAACAAACAUUGAAGAUGGAGCUCUUAAAAGACGUGUGA